AAAAGCCCAUCUUCCACAUUUUUAUUCUAUUUAAAUGAGCUCCUAAUCCUUUUAUUCCGAUUACCUAAAAAAACCCAGUUAUUCUUAUUCCCUGUGGGCUUGUAUGGAUGAUGGUUGGCUGCGGUUAGCGGCCAAUGGCUUGGGUUGUAGGCCCAAAUUCGUUUCCUUGGUCUCGAUUCUUUCUCUUCGAAACUGGGUUCAGCGUCUGCCGACUGGGUUCCGUCUACUUCAUCAGCAACCCACAGCUACAAACGGCUGAUUCCGCAUCCUUUUUUCUUUUUUUUUUUUUUUUCUAAUACAACUUUAAUCUUGCAAGAUUUUGUUUUUGUUUUUGGUUUGGGUAUUUCUUAUUAAUCUCUAAUUUUCAAAUUCUUGUAUGGGUUUUCGUUAAUUUGUUUCGGAAUUUUGCUUGACUUGAGAUGUAUUGUUAAUUUCUGUGGGUAUUAAGGAAAAAGAAGCUAUUUUUUAAUUGGUAAUCAAUUAUUUUGUUUCAAAUCCGUCGUUCGAAGUUUCGAGUGAAAAAAAAAUGCCGAGCAAGAAGAGGAGAAGAAAGGAAGAGAGACCCAAGAUCCACCCCAAAAACAAAUACUCCGAUAACCCGCCCGAUUUUGCUCUCUUAGCCUCUUUAUACCCUUCGUUUAAACCCUUCGUGUUCUACAGUCGUGAAGGCCGACCCAGAAUCGAGUGGACCGACUUCAAUGCCACCCGCGAACUCACCCGUGUUCUUCUCCUCCACGACCACGGUCUCCAAUGGUGGGUUCCUGAUGGGCAGCUCUGCCCUACAGUGCCCAACCGCUCCAACUACAUCCAUUGGAUAGAAGAUCUCCUCUCGUCUGACAUUAUUCCCAAAACUAACAGCAAUGGAGAUAAUGUGAGGGGAUUUGAUAUAGGAACUGGAGCCAAUUGUAUCUAUCCUCUUCUUGGUGCAUCUCUUCUUGGCUGGAGUUUUGUUGCAUCAGAUGUGACUGAUGUAGCACUAGAAUGGGCAGAGAGAAAUGUUAAAAACAAUCCACAUAUUUCAGAAUUAAUUGAAAUUCGAAAAGUUAAAUGUUCUCAUAACACUUUUACUCCUGAGGGGUUAAGUAAUGGCGAGUCUAAUUAUUCCGAGGAAGGAGAAGGUUUGCCAUCUUCUUCUUUUGAUAUGCCAGCAAGUGAAAAUAAAAGUUAUCAUGGACCUCCUAUACUUCUUGAUGUGGUAAGGGAUGGCGAGAGCUUUGACUUCUGCAUGUGUAAUCCCCCAUUUUUCGAAAGCAUUGAGGAAGCAGGAUUGAAUCCAAAAACUUCCUGUGGUGGAACUCAUGAGGAGAUGGUUUGUCCUGGUGGAGAACAGGCUUUCAUUUCUCGUAUUAUCGAAGAUAGUGUUGUGUUGAGGCAGUCUUUCCGGUGGUAUACUUCAAUGGUUGGAAGGAAAGUGAACCUCAAAUACCUAAUAUCAAAGCUUCGAGAGGUUGGAGUUACUAUAGUCAAAACAACUGAGUUUGUCCAAGGCCAAACAUGUCGAUGGGGACUUGCUUGGUCCUUUGUGCCUCCUGCUAGGAAGAUAAUUUCACCACAUGUGACUGAGAAGAAUAUUUUGUCUUUCAUGCUUGAGGGUAUACAACGCCAGUUUGGUGCAAUAGAUGUACUUCAAUCAGUUGAGUCCUUUUUCCGUACUGGCGGAGCAUCUUGUAAAUUGAAUGCCUCUUCUUUCACAGUUGAUAUUACUGCAUCAACUGAUCACUGCAAUGCUCUCCUAAACAAUGAAGUAAAACAUCUUGAUGAAGUUGCCGGUUGCAGCAAUGUGCAGGGGGCAUCCUCAAACCUGUGUUUUCGUGUUUUGGUCUUUCAGCAAAUCCCAGGCACACUUCUUGUGAAAGGAUCUUUACAGCAUAGAGAUAGCCCACUCUCAGGAUUGUUCUCCUCAAUAAUCCAACACUUGGAGGAUUCACUAAGACAUAAAUUUUGUAGGGAAAAGGCUGGCGCCAAUCACUUCUAGGCUCCUAAUUACCUUAUUCAACACUGCAGCAUUUAGAUUCGAUAAAUUUGAAGCUUAUAUAUAGGACAGUAUCCAGAUCAGCUUCUGCCAUGACACUAUCAUUAUCCGAGCCCUUUGAAAGGCAAUGCAUGAACUUACUGGUUACUACUGAAUCAAAUGCCCAUGUGCCCAUCUAUAAUCAUCACGGUGUUGCCUUCGUUUUGAAUAGGAUCAAUCAGUGAAGUUGAAUAUUGUAUAACCCUUUAGUUCGAAGAAAGGUCAGAAGAAAGCUAUAGACUGUAUUUCAAAGUAGGAAGCAGUCACCCAAUUAUUUUUCACUGGGUGUCAAUCAUAACCUGUUUUCGGCAAUUUCCCUUGUCAGCAGUGUCUCUUUUGUCAAGAUCAGAUUAUUUGUUUUCUUGUUUGUCUUUAUCUCGUAGUUUGUUAAUCUAAAUCACACAUCAUUGAAAAAGACUAUUUAUCAACCAAUGCAAUAUUGUCGGCAUGCACUUCUCGGUGAAACUGCGAGGCAGGGCAACUUGUAUUUGUCAUUUUGAGUGGUAAUUGACUAAUUGCUUUUAGCUACA